UUCAUUUACAGUAUCAUCUGAUUGGUGUUUGGCUGUAUGCGCAACAUGCAACAUCACCCUCUCUUCCUCAUUAUACCCUCAGCUUCAUUUGGUCUUAAAUUUCCACCUCCAUUUGUUUGACUCGUUCAACAACAUUAAAGUACUUUACCUUGUUUUGACAAGUGAAAAGAAAAGUCUGUCAGACACUUCAGAGCUAGAAACCUGCUGCGUGAGGCUACUGGAAAAGUAGUGAACAUUUCUAAAUCAUGGGCAAACUGUCUGUCCUUCUUUUUGUUCAUUCGUUUUCCACCAUUGUCAACGCAGGUUCAGGAUCACAUUCUCUGUGGGUACUUGCAACAUAUAUAAGUGGAGAGACACCUUUCCCUGAGUUUACGGUUGUGGUGAUGUUGGAUGAUGUUCAAGUGGCUUACUAUGAUUCCAACAUGAAACACUUCAUCUACAGGGUAAAUAACACCCCUAACAAAAUGCAUGAUAACGAAGCUCAGGACGGAGCUUAUAUACUUGGAAUGAUGUACAACAACAUGAAAGAGAGAUCAUUUAACCUAAAGCACCACUUCAACCUCACAGAAGGUGUUCAAGUUCAGCAAAGAAUGUCUGGCUGUGAGAUGUUGGACAAUGGUGAACCGGUCAUGUUCAUGGUAAAGGACACUUUCAAUGCCAUUUAUACAGAUCAAAUGGUAUAUUACAACAUGACACAUUUUAUAUAUGAUGCUGGGAAACUACUACGAGGAUGGGAUGGGAUGAGGCAAGCGUUUGAAAGAGUAUUAUUUGAGAAUGUUCACCUUCCCAUUUGCAUCAGAACACAGAAGACACUCCUGUCUCGAGAGAAGAAUGUUGUGAUGCGUAAAGUUCCUCCCAGACUCAGGUUGAUAAAGAAAGAGGUUUCUGGAGGGUUCCAGGUGAGCUGCUUGGCGUUUGGUUUCUACCCCCGCCACAUCAACAUGACCCUGCUGAGAGACGGCCAGCCAGUGGCAGAACAGGAGCUGACAGGGGGGGAGGUGCUGCCUAGUGGAGAUGGGACCUACCAGCUGAGGAAGAGUCUGGAGGUCAGUACUGAGGAGCUAAAGAAGAGACACAACUACACCUGUAUUGCCUUUCACCUCAGUCUGGACAACAAGCUGGAUGUCAGUUGGGAGUCUGGGACAGAGAGAGUUCACCUAUCCACCCUCUCAGUUCUACUGGUGAUGCUGCUGGUUGUUAUUCUAUUGGGCAUUUUCAUUUGCGUUAGGAGGUGGAGUAACACUGCCUCACAGUCUAAACUGGUCAACGUUGAUGCAAAAGUGUCAGAGGAAAUGAACCUUUCUUCAGUUUCUGAGGCCUAAUACAUUUUUGGGACACUGAUGCAUCUUUGACGAUUCAGCUCAAAUCACAAUGAAAAUAUGACUGCCAGAGCACCUAUCAGAGCAGACACAAAAUGCAUGAAUGAUUGUUAUGGUCAGUUGAUCUUCCCUUCCCCUCAACAAAGGACUGUAAAGGAUCAGUUUGGGGAGACUGUUGACAAGAACAAAUAUCUGGGUAUUAUUAGUACAGAUCUGCAUUCAUAUAUUUUAUAGGCUGGUUUGGCAUCCUGCUCAUUAACAAAGGUAAUAUUUGUAUUAUUUAUGUUAUGUAAUCUGUCAUUUUUAAUCAUGACUAUUCAUUCAUUUCACAAUGCACUUCAUAUCUGCAGUCAGUGCCAUGAAAAAGUCCUUUAGUGUUACUUUUCCCCAGUCAAAUAUUCAGGCUUAUAUUUCCACUUCAAGGCUGGACCACAACAUAGAAAACAAUGUGUUUGAUUAUAAGAUCUAGUUCAACUAUUAUUUUAUGAUGAACACUGAAUGGUAUAUCAAAAGGCUGAAAAGCCAACGUCUCCAUUCCACAUUUUAAAUAAGUAUCCUUCCAUGUUACUUGAUUACUAAUGAGAUCAGCUAGGUUAGAACCUAGGUCUCCUGCACACCACGACACUGUGUAGACCUCUGAGCUGAAUCCUAGAACUACUGGCAACAUUAGAUUUCCUAAACCUGCUUGGUGCAUUUUUGUAAAAGCCAUAAACAUAACUUACCUACAUUUCAUUACCGAUGUAAAGGGCAGGUGCUCAUAGACUAUGUUCCAAAUAGCACCCUAUUCCCUACAUAGUGCACUAGGGGCCCUGGUCAAAAGUAGUGCCCUAUAUAGACAAUAGGGUUCCAUUUGGGGGAUGCAGUUAUAACCACUGGCUUUAGUCAAAUUCCCCAGUUCUGCACACUCCAGUGGUUUCCCAUUCAAAACCCUGAAGGUAGAAAAAAGGCAGAAUUAUAUUUGUCAUGGAGACGGAUGCCUCAUAAAGAGUAAAUGUCAUUUGUCACACACACACACACACACACACAC